AUGGUUCCUCCAAAAAAGAAAGGCCAAAGUGGCACUCCUGGUUCUAGCAAUAGCAAAAAUCAGCGUGACUCACCCGGCCACAAGCACGACGCCACCAGUACUCCUCUUGACUUUCUAAGAGCUCCUGGUGCCCUUCGUCGUUCCCCUCCUCCCCCUCCUGGAUCACUACUUGGUAACAAUCCCUAUACUUCUCCUUCAAUGGAAGAGGUACAGGAAACCAUUACAGUGAACCCCGGGAAACAACCAGGGCCUUACCCCUCUUUACCUACUUCCCCUACUUCGGAAUCCUCCGCACUUGCGGAGAGCCGAGCCGACAACAUCCAUCUAAUGCGGGUCUUGUAUGAGAUGGAACGAAAACUAGAGGAAGUACAGACUAAACUGGCGGAAAAAGAAGCUCCGUCUACCCCCACUUAUAGUGGGAGUGGAGCAUCUGGUAAGCAAGCCCCACUGACCCACACUUCCCGCUCUCCCUUCGGUCAUACUACUCAAGUCCCUGGCCCCACCACAUCACGCUAUACCCACCGUGAUGAUACCCUCUCUGAGGAUGAGCCUGUCCCCUCUGUCGAAAAUCAAGGACCACGUCGCCCCGCUUCCAUUCCUGCACGCUCUCAUCGUACUGUCAGUUUCACACCUACGCCAGAUACAGGAACGAAUAUCCGUCGUGAGAAAGCUCACCGAGCUACCUCUGCCUUGCACUCCUCUUUUCGACAACUCCGAGUCCCUGACCUAGCCACGAAACUUUCAGAUGGCCAAGCUCCUGGUCUCCGGGUACAAGCAUGGGACAAGAUGGUCACGCAUACUCUACGGGACUACCACGCUCACUUUCUAUCUGAUGAUCACCGUCGCACAUGGAUUUACAAUCAAACCGAGGGACGGUCACGUAGUACCCUGGAACCUCUCUACUUGGACGAUAAAUACGAUGUUUAUGACCUCAUUCAGCAAGUAGUUUCUGUUAUGCUAGACCCCUCUGCGGUUCGAACAGCCAAAAUCAAAUACAACUCUCUUGUUAUGUUGCCCAGGGAAAGGUUCUUCGAUUUCUAUUCCAAGUUUCGUGAUCUUGCCGCUCAGGCAGAGAUCCUCGACGACGAGCGCCUCCGUGACGACCUAUUCGACAAGGCAGCAUACCGCUUGACAAGUACUUCUGGCCACGAGUUCGCACGUUCCACCAGAGUUGGUGAAUAUGCCGAAGUCCUAGGCAACCUCGAUGUCGCCUAUCAACGACUUGCUGCAACCCAUGCUCUCCGUCCUCACCACUCUCUUCAGGGCACUCGCCCUACCCAAUCACUUUCCACUUCCAGUGCUGCAACACCUCGUAGCAGUACCCCUGGAGUAUACAACAGACCUGUGGCACCCUCUGGCAUGCCUUACCGCUCGCCCUCUGCCGCACCUGUCCUCACUCCACGACACUUUUCAAGUGGACCCCUUCCUACUCCUUCCUCUGGUUUCAGACAAGCCACUCCUCAGUACACACACAACCCCUCUCUGCACACCCAAGUGCUACGAAAACCUCGAAAAUGCUUUCAGACCACUACUACUGGAGAGGAUUAA